UAAACCACUCACACAGAAGAUGGCACCAUUACCAACUUCUCGGACGUCAGUCUAUGAACCACCCUUUACUCACACUGGUAUGGAUUUGUUCGGUCCAUUGUAUGUCAAACAUGGCCGAGGAACAGCUAAACGUUGGUGCUGUCUCUUUACCUGCCUUACCACGCGCGCUGUUCAUCUGGAGAUUGUCAAUUCUCUGAGUGCCGAUGACUUCUUACUUUGUCUAAGAAGGUUCCUGAACCGCCGAGGAGACGUGUUAGAGUUGCGCUGUGACAACGGUACCAACUUCGUAGGAGGUGAUCGUGAAUUAAAGGAAAGCUUGAAGCAGUGGAAUCACGGAAAAAUCGAGAAAGAACUGAUUCAAAGGGGAUGCAAGUGGAUAUUCCAACCACCCACUGCAUCAAGCAUGUCCGGAGUUUGGGAAAGGUUGGUUAGGAGUGCAAAAACCGUACUAAAGUCCAUUCUUGGCACAUACACCGUAAGCGAUGAUGUCUUGUAUACAGUGCUAACGGAAGUGGAACGUAUCCUGAACGGUAGAGCCUUAACUAACAAUUCAGACGACCCAGAUGAUCUGGACGCACUUACACCAGCCCACUUCCUCCUACAGAGGAAGAUUAUAUCCUUGCCUCCUGGUGUCUUCUGUGAAGCAGAUGGUAUACUGAGAAGAAAGUGGCGUCAAGCCCAGUUCCUCGCUGAUUUGUUCUGGUCCCGUUGGAUCAAAGAGUAUUUGCCAUUACUGCAAGUGACUCGAAAAUGGCUAUCUGCGAAGCCAAACUUGAAACCAAACGAUCUUGUACUUCUAGUCGAUGACAACCUUCCAAGGGGUCGUUGGAACCUUGCCAGAGUGAUUGAAUGCUACACAGCAAGUGACGGACUGGUCCGGACGGUGAAAGUGAAGACCAAGUCGGGCGAGUUUGUCCGUCCCAUACAAAAACUUUGUUUGUUGGAAAACAACCUAGAGUGACUGUCACAUGAAAGAUUGAUAUAUCUCUACCGCUGUUAUCAUAUUGUUGACAUUUAAAUAAGUUAGUUAAGUUAGGUUGGGUCCUACCGGCGUAGGCCCAAGGCGGCCGGUAUGUUCGGGAUCCCUGUGGCAGCAUGUCGACGUGAUCAGGGUUCCCUCGUGGUGAGAAUCACAAUUCGCUAGUUUAUUUUUGUUCCAGAGUUUUGCCGCUUUUCACAUGUCUUUCGCACCCAGUAUGGGCCACAUCUUUUACCUGUAAUUGAUCAGACUACUUGAUUGCCGAACCUGUAAUUGAUUGUACUUGCUCGCUGAACUAGCGCUGUAAUAAAACUGGUUGAAAGAUGGCCUAUAAUUUGUCCCAAACAGGUUACCUGUGGUAUUACGUCACGAUCGCGCGCCUCGCGGGAUACAAACUAGUCUGUGACAAGGUAUGAAACACUGGUCACGUGAUGGAUCGAUGUGUGCACCAGGCAGCUGGGCAUAAGAUCUGAAACUAUUGCGUCAUCAUCGGAAACCGAGCGGACUUCCAACUCGUGAGAUUGUCGAGAACUAUCGUGAACCAUCGAGACUUUCACGGAGUAUUUUCGUAAUUCCCGAAGUAUGUAGCUUUUACAUCACAUUUCUUGACGUCCUUUGUGUAUAGUUUACAAAACAAAACAAAACAUGAGCGAAAUUACUCCAAACUUUGAGCAAAGGAAAGCCAUAGACCUGGCUAUGUCUGGACACAAUGUUUUUCYAAGUGGCAGAGCCGGUACAGGGAAAACUUUCACGGUCAAAUACCUCGUGAAAAUGUUGGAAAAGCACAAAACCUURGUGGUGACCUGUACGACAGAGAUGGCCUGCACUUUGUACGACAAGUCGAAUAARGAGUAAAAAUCUGAACAUUCAAAUAAUAUCAAGGCUCUCUUUUCAAAAUGCAUAGUUUUAUAAAUUAAAACA